AUGUAUCGAUACACCGAUACAUACGACAGAAGCAGCUCUCGACGAGCAGGCGACCCAGGCCGCCAAUCCAGGAGACAAUCUGAUGAACUCUCCUAUGACUAUCAAGAAAGUGUCAGAGAUCAUCCUUCCACGGAUUACAGAGAUUACAGACGUCCCUCACGGUCCUACGAAGAUAUCUAUCCGUAUGCGGCCCGGGACGGGCAAAAUACAACUCACCAUCGUCAGUACAGUCCUUUCGAUGGUGACGAGAUUAGAAGAAACCGAAACCGAAGCCGAAGUCCACUACGCCGUCGAGCAGAGAUCACUAGGUCGUACGGAGCACGGUUGGAAGGGCACAAUAGCUACGGAACAGACAGCUAUCGAUCAGUGAAUAACGCUGAGUCGACUGAAGCACGCUUUGGGAGCAACAGCAACGACACAAAUAGUCGUCUCCCAGGAAACAACCCAGCGCCUAAUUUCCGCUACGAUGCUCAGCUGAAUGAGGAACAGGCCCAGGAAUAUGCCCGAAGUUGUCGCCGGCGUCGACAAGCUUUGAUCUCAAACGAUCCUUCCCGAGCACGACAGAAUGACCCAGAAGUCAAUUCCCCGUCUCGUGGCACUAGGGCGACCAACCCUGAACAACAGAAUAUGCAGGUGCGAAGUGAAGCCCCAAUAAUUGCUACCCCCAUGGCCACUGCGCCCGCUGGGGUUCCGGCACAGCUGCAAACCAAUAUUCGGAAUCCUGGAAACACUGCAACUGCGAGGACUGAGGCGCAGCCGCAUCCAAUACCAAACCCGGGCACUGAGACUAUGACAAGCCAGACGCAGGUACGAACUAAAGAACCAGGUCCCAGCGUCUCAUCGCAGCCCGCUGAACCCGUCACACAUAGAAGUGAACGCUCAUCGGAUGAGCGAGAUAGUCUUCUCCAAGAACUGAUAGAGGUCGACAUGGAUCUUGUUUCCACUAGCAUCAAACACGACUACAGAGGUGACAUCGAUGAAUUGAAGAAGAAGCAGCUGGACAAGAUGCGUAUCUACUGCGAUGGCCUAGAAGAGUCCUACGAGGCUAAAGCUCAGAAGGCAGGAAUUCCGAAGGAAUUCUGUACGGUAGCCGACGCCCUUGUCGAUGUUCUUAAGGCAGAAAUCACCCGAAGCCGGAAUGAAACAACAAACGCACAGGAAACCACAGCGGAGGUUACACAAUGGCUGCGAAGCUUGCAGUCCGCAUUGCGAACUCAAGAGAGACUUGCCGACAAGAAGCCCGGAUAUUUCACGAUAGCUGCAGAAGACCUGCGAGUCAAAAUCAACAAGAGCAUUGACUGCUAUGACAAUAAUGACUCGAAACCCAACGCUGAAAACUAUUCAGAGAUCCGAGAGCAAAUGAUUCUGUUCACAAAUGGACUCGGGUCCAAGAUAGCUGAUAUUAUCAAGGCAGCCUUUGAUCAUCUCAGCAAUUGCGUGGAUGAAUAUCUGCCGAUGAUCGAAGAGAAACUGACAGUAAAGGAACUGACAAGCUCUUAUGAGACCUUUCAAGAGCAAAUGAACUCUGCAACAUUUGAUCGGACGUUCGAGAGAUUCGGGGCCAUAACCCACGAGUUCAAAUGGAAGUACUAUCCCUUUCUGCAAUUCUCUCAUGAUGCCGAGACGAGAGAAAUCCAGGAGCUAUUCCUGGAGUAUUGGAAACCGCUCCACGAUGACCUAGUGAGAAUGCUAUGGUCGGACAUGGACAUCGCGAUUGAGCAGCAGAACAUGCCGUCGCUUGAAGAGCUUGGACGAUGUGUGAUUGUGAAGCACAACUAG